GUAGGAAGUAGUGAGGAGUUUGGGACACAGCCUCAGUGGUUCGUUCUGCUGUGUUGGUGCUGGAGCAGAGCUGAGGCGGUAUGGCCGAACACAAAACCAGUAAAGAGCAAAGAUAUGAUCGACAGCUGAGGUUAUGGGGAGAUCAUGGUCAGGAUGCUCUUGAAAGCGCACAUGUGUGUCUGAUAAACGCCACAGUGUCCGGUACAGAGAUCCUGAAGAACCUCGUCUUACCUGGUAUCGGUGCAUUUACUAUAGUUGAUGGACACAAGGUGACAGGAGAGGAUGUUGGAAACAACUUCUUUCUCUGCAGUGACAGCAUCGGGAAGAGCCGAGCUCAGGCAGCGACUGAGUUACUGCAGGAACUGAACAGUGAUGUUUCAGGAAACUUUGUGGAGGAGGACGCUGAUAAACUGCUGGAAAACGAUCCAGAGUUCUUUAACAGAUUCAGUUUGGUCAUCAGUGUUCAACUUCCAGAAAGUGUGUGUUUGAGGUUGGCGUGUGUGUUAUGGAAGGCCAGUGUUCCGUUUCUGGUCUGCAGGACGUAUGGACUCGUCGGCUACAUGAGACUCGCUGUGAAGGAACACACAGUGGUGGAGUCUCACCCGGACAGCGCUCUGGAGGAUCUCAGACUGGACGCUCCCUUCACCGAGCUGAGAAACCACAUCAACUCCUACGACCUGGACUCCAUGGACAAGAAGGAUCACAGUCACACGCCGUGGAUCAUCAUCAUCGCAAAAUAUCUGGAGCAGUGGUACAGCGAGCACGACUUUCAGCUGCCAAAGAAUUACAAGGAGAAGGAGGCGUUCAGACAUCUGAUCAGAGACGGGAUUCGGAAGAAUGAAAACGGCGUUCCGGAGGAGGAGGAGAACUUUGAUGAAGCCAUUAAGAACGUCAACACAGCUUUAAAUCCCACCAAGAUCUGCAGCAGUGUGGAGGAGAUCUUCAGUUCUGAGCAGUGUGAGAACAUCACCUCACAGACCCCGGAGUUUUGGGUGAUGGCUCGAGGUGUGAGGGAUUUCGUGCAGAACGAGGGGAACGGGAAGCUCCCUCUGCGUGGAACCAUCCCGGAUAUGAUCGCUGACUCGGAUAAAUUCAUCAACCUGCAAAAUGUUUACAGGGAGAAAGCAAUGCAGGAUGCUGCUGUUGUGGCCAAACACAUCGAGUCUCAUCUUCAGGCUGUUGGGAAGCCGGCAGAGAGCAUCUCCGAGCAGGACAUCAAACUGUUCUGUAAGAGCGCAGCGUUCCUGCGGGUUCUCCACUGCAGAUCUCUCUCUGAAGAAUACAGUGUGGAGACUGUUAACAAGGACGAGAUCACUUCCUGUAUGGAUAAUCCAGACAGCGAGAUGGUUCUGUAUCUCAUGCUGCGUUCUGUGGAUCGUUUCUACCAGCAGCACUCCAGAUACCCAGGUGUGUAUAAUUACCAGGUGGAGGAGGACAUCAGCAGGUUGAAGGUGUGUGUGAACAGUCUCCUGCAGGAGUACACACUCAACGUCAGCGUUAAAGACGACUACAUCCACGAGUUUUGCCGUUAUGGAGCUGCAGAGCCACACACAGUCGCGGCAUUACUGGGAGGAGCUGCAGCUCAGGAAGCCAUCAAGCUCAUCACACACCAGUUUGUUCCCUUUAAUAACACGUUCCUCUACAACGCCAUGUCUCAGACAUCAGCCACCUUCCAGCUCUGAGUCUCUGUAAACCUGUGCGCGCGUGUGUGUGUGUGUGUGUGUGUGUGUGUGUGUGUGUGUGUGUGUGUUCUAUCCAGCACUAUUUUGUCAUUACUGUGUUCUUAAUGUUACUGUCCAUCAAUAAACACUGCAUCAGUAAUGGAACCUGACUGGAAUAAAUAA